UUGACGUUGGUGGACGGUGCGUGACACAGCUAAACAGACGAGGAGCUUCAUAAGGCAGCGGGUGUCGGGGGUCUGUAGUUAAACUACGGACUCAAACGCGGGAAACAUAUAGAGUUACUUAGACUGUCGGGAAACACUGUGGUUUUCUUUUCACAAGAACGAAGACCGAGAAGAAAUCAGCAUCUGAAUAAAAACCUAGCAUUUGCACCUAAAGACCUUCAAAAAUGGAGUUUCCAGGUUUGGGUGACCACUGCUCUGAGAAGACCUGUAAACGUUUAGAUUUUCUUCCAAUGAGAUGUGAUGCCUGUCAGGAGAUUUUCUGCAAGGAUCACAUCACCUAUGCAAAUCACAAAUGCACAUCAUCCUACAAAAAGGAUGUCCAGGUUCCAGUUUGCCCGUUGUGUAAUACUCCUAUUCCCAUCAAAAGAGGAGAGAUGCCUGACAUUAAAGUCGGAGAACACAUCGAUCGGGACUGCAAAUCGGACCCUGCACAAAGAAAGAGAAAGAUAUUCACAAAUAAAUGUUCUAAAGGUGGCUGUAAACAAAAGGAAAUGAUACGAGUCACCUGCGACCAGUGUCAUUUAAAUUACUGUCUCAAACAUCGACACCCACUAGACCACGAUUGUAAUACUGAUGGGAAGCCUUUUUCCAAAUCUGGACAUGCUGCUGUAAUGAGGUCCCAAGGUGCUUCUUCCUCUUCUGCCUCUAGUUCUCGUUCAUCUGCUUCAGGAAACCCUAGACCUGUUUCUAAUGGUGUAACUGUCAACAACAGAGCUCACAGCUCAGGCUCUGCCCCGCGGAUUCCUACAUCCGUUUCAGCACAGAAUGUAAUACCCCCUUCAGCAUCAAUUCAGGCCGGCAUGACAGAGGAGCAGGCUUUACAAAGAGCACUGGAGAUGUCUUUGGCUGAUUCGAGGCCAACUGCCCAGCUGACCCUCAGCCCUCAGGAGCAGGAGGAUCUGGCUCUCGCUCAGGCUCUUGCUGCCAGCGAAGAAGAGUACAGACGCCAACAACAGAGACAACAGGUACCCGGAAAGCUUAGGCAACAGUAGCAUGCUUACAGGAACACGUGGAAGAGAGACCAAACAGUCCACCUGCUGCCUUUCUUAGUCUUGGAGCUCCAUUUUUGCUCUAAGCAGUGCUAAUUCGUAGCUGGAAAAUGCACUACUUAGAUGUCCAUACCCGGAAUAAAUGAUUGUUCCAUGAAGAAUUACUCUUGAAAGUUGGUGCAAUAUUGCCGCCUUCCACAUAUAAGCACAUAUACUUUUCAGCAAGAUCUGUCAUUUUUAUGAAUUAGUUGUCCGUGUAAAUAUUUUAUAUGCUAAUCAUGAUGAAUCUAUUAUAUUGCCUCAGAUAGAUUUUGAAUAAAUUAAAGGUGCACUUGAAUUUUAACAUAGACCCUUGAUUGUAAUGCACUUCAACUACAGUGCUGAGGGUUGUUAUUAAGGCAGAUCAGGAAGUCCAUCGGAGAAGUGAGGUGGAAUAAAUUUGCCCACGCGUUUAGUGGGAAAUGUCA